AUGACGAACGUUGGAACCGGAUCCAGCCUUCACUUGCGGGCCCUUAAAACCGUCGUGCCAAGCGAGUAUGCAUCUGCAUCGAGAGUGCGACAAUGGCUUCUUCAGCAUCUCAAGAACCGCAACGUCGACCUUUUAAACGGGCCCGAGGCCUUCGUCUUCUUAUGGAAUGGUGCUGAGCUGCACUCUCUGCACCCAAAUCACAUUUUUGGAUCCCUUAUCUCCCAAGGAAUCGAUCCACAAACGGCCCACCAUGUCGUUGGAGACGUGAUGGAAUGUCUAGAGGACUAUCGUACAAGGCGUGCAGCAUGCAUGGCUGCAGGCCAGGUAUGGUUCCCGGAUCCUGAGCCAGAAUCAGACACGCAGCCCAAAAGACGCCCCGAGCCCAAUCAGCGUCAGGUCAUUCUUGACGAAGACGUGGAAGCACUCGCCGAACAUUCCGAAUCUGCUCAGAGCUGGUAUUCAUCGAUAAGUGCCGCACCCGCCGGUGCGAUCGCCGCAGGCCUCUCUGUUGCAGCUGGGCUCGGCGUCAUGGCGUGGUGGAUGUUGAGCCCCCCUGAACAGAAGGAGGAUGAUAAGUAG